ACAUAAGCAAUCACUGACUGAAGGGAGCGAGGUGACCGACUCAGCGGCAGGACACGCCCUGCCCACAGACACCUGUGUUGGCGCACAGGUGACCCCUAGUAACGAGACUGGAGAGACGGACCCUACAUUGAUGCUACGGCAACUCAGAGAGGACACCUCAGAGAUGACAGCUGAAACAGAUACCAAUGAGGGACUGAGUCACGUUGACAUUCAGAUCUGUGUGACUUCAGAGAAUAUGGCUCCUGCUUUGCAUGGAGUAGAUGUCACUCAGGGAGCAGUGCCACCUCCUGCUGACAAUGAAGCAUCCAGUCAGACUCCUGCUGAGGAGGUGUUUCCUCAAAAGGAGGAGACAAAACCUUUGAAGACCCCAGAGCCUGUGGAUGGAGCCUCCAGUUUCCUUAUCCAAGAGGGAAGUGUUUUGGUGUCUGACGAUUUGACAGCCAGUAUGGGGCAGGAAGCAGAUAGCCAAGCGACGAGGGAAGAUGCGACUGUGAUCCACCGAGACAAGGAGGCGUCUUACCCGCUGUCUCUCAGCCCCUGUGCCCAGCCUGACUCGGUUCCCAGCAGCCUCGGCAGACGACAGACAGGCUCCUCCCAGUCAUCAGCGUUAUCCGGUGUGAGUGGCAGCAGCGCCCCCUCUCCUGUGUAUAGAGACUCCGGCAGCGACACAGAGGGCUUCCUCAGCGCCGAACCAGGAGACGACUGUGUCUUCAGAAAGGGUGAUGACCCUGUGACGGGAGGAGACAGCACCAGUGAGGUGUCCAUCUCCUGCUCUUCCACGGAUGACACGGCCAGCGUGGGUCUGUCCAGCUCCAGUCCGGAGAGCUGCCUGGAGAGGGGGCAGGCCCUAGGGAGCAGCUGGAGCCCAGAGGAGGUUAACAGGCCCGGGGGAGCGGCCACUGCGGCACCGAGUGUCGGAGGGGAGACGGAAGAGGAGGCGAAAGACAGACUGACGGAGGUGCCCAGGCGCUCGGCUCUCCUCCGAUCCAGCAUCCGCUCUGUGUCGCCGCUCCGGCGCCACAGCUGGGGUCCGGGGAAGAACAGCGGGGGACGCGCAGAAAUGAACCAGAGGAGCUACAGCCUGGAGGGCCUCAGCAGAGACAGGGAGGGGCUGAGGAGUCCUUCAUCCAGGAUGCCCUUCAUCCGGGAGCCCGCGAAUGUGGUCCGGCAGGAGAGUGAGGAGAGAGGCUCCCUGGUGUCCUUAACCGAGGAGCAGGAGGAGUUCGGAGAAGGUGGUGCAGCAGAUGAAAAGAAGUCCAGGAGAUAUCGGCCGCUGCGGCACAGUUGUCCCCCCAUGACCCUGCCACUCACCAAGUCUGUCUCCAUGCUGGCCAUCAGCCAGAGAGACAUCGAUGGUACAAGGUCAUUUUCCAGCACCUCUGGCUCUCUGGCAUACAGUAUAUCGGAGGAAGAACCGGGGCCUCUGCGGAGUGACACGGAGGGAAAGUCUGGGACCAAGGUCAGCCGCACCUUCAGCUACCUCAAGAACAAGAUGUACAAGAAGACGAGGGAAAAGGAGCGAGAGAAGAAAGCGGAGAAAGACAGAGAAAACAAGGACAAGGACAAGAAGACAGUGAAUGGACAUCUGUUUACCGCUGUCUGCUCGGUCCAGGCCAACCACUGUUCUCAGUGCAACAAGGUUCUCCACACAAAGGAUGUCUUUCAAUGCACAUACUGUAAUGCAUCUGUCCAUAAAGGCUGUAGGGACAGCCUGCCUAUUUGCACCAAGGCAAAGACAAAGUUUUCCAAACACCAGUUUGCAGUACCAGAUUCAAGCUCUUACCCUGUAGUCACAAUGAGGAACAAAUCCUCUGGAACAAGGGAGCGGCCCUGGUCGGCUAUCUUGUCCCCCGAGGACCACUCCUCUCUGGGGAUACCGUCGUCACGGCGACACACCAGCAUCAUCGCUUUACAUGGAAACAACUUGUCCAAGAGCCUCUCCAUCAGCAACAUCGCUGGCCCGGUGUUUGAUGACAUUUCCAUUAAGGGCCUCCGAUACCUCUCCCAGUCCACUGACUCCCUCAACAGAACUAACCAGGUCACAGAGUCAAUGGAGUCCCUUACUGAUGAAGGUACAGAGAUGAUGGAUGGCCAGCUGAUGGGAGAGUUUGAGGCGGAGGUGAAGGAGCUAGAGGCCGACUCCUGGAGCUUCACCGUCGACCAGAAGUACCUGGGACAACUGGAGAAGGACCUGGUCAAGAAACAGGAUGUUAUUUAUGAGCUAAUGCAAACAGAGAUGCACCACGUGAGGACGUUGCGGAUCAUGUCGGAGGUGUACAGCAAGGGCUUGCAGAAGGAAGUGCAGCUGGAAGGGCAGACCGUGGAGAGGCUGUUCCCGGCUCUGGAUGACCUCUUGGAGCUCCACACUCAGCACCUCCUCCGCCUCCUGGAGAGGAAGAGGGAAAGCCAACAGGAGGGCUCAGACGAAGGCUUCGUCAUUAACAGGAUAGGAGACAUCCUGGUCAGCCAGUUCUCAGGGUCCAGUGCAGAAAGUAUGAAGAGGAUAUACGGAAAGUUCUGCAGCCGCCACAACGAGGCUGUCAACUUCUACAAAGAGCUUCUGACCAAAGACAAGCGCUUCCAGGCUUUCAUCAAGAGGAAGAUGAGCAGCAGCAUUGUGCGGCGGCUAGGUAUCCCAGAAUGCAUCCUGCUGGUGACUCAGAGGAUAACAAAGUACCCGGUGCUGAUACAGAGGAUGCUUCAGCACACCAAAGAGGACGAGGAGGACUUUGAGGACCUGGCCGAGGCAGUGCGGCUGGUAAAGGAGACGAUAGCCACGGUGGACAGCAAGGUAAACGAGCACGAAAAGAAGCGUCGCCUGAAUGAGGUGUACAGCAGGACGGACAGCAAAUCCAUCAUGCGGAUGAAGAGCGGCCAGAUGUUCGCCAGGGAGGACCUGCUGCGAGGCAGGAGGCUGCUCCACGACGGCGCGCUGCAGCUGAAAAACGCCCAGGGCAGGCUCAAAGACGUCCUGGCCCUGCUGCUCUCAGAUGUAUUUGUGUUCCUCCAAGAGAAAGAUCAAAAAUUUGUCUUCGCCUCGCUGGACCAGCGCUCCACGGUCCUCUCCCUCCACAAGCUGAUUGUCCGGGAGGUGGCCAACGAGGAGCGGGGCCUCUUCCUUAUCACGGCCGGCAUUGAGAAGCCGGAGAUGGUGGAGGUGCUCGCCAGCUCCAAAGACGAACGCAACACUUGGAUGCAGCUCAUCGAAGAUGCAAUGAACUCCAUAGAGAAAGAUGAAGACGAGGGUAUCCCCAGUGAGACAGAAGAGGACAAAAGACAACUUGAGAGUAAAGCCAGGGAGAUGAGAGAACUGCUGAGGCAGAAGGAUGCUCAGAUCAUGGCUCUGCUAGAGGAGAAGGUGAAGGUGUUUAAGGAGAUGUGUGAAUGUGGCGGCCCGUGCGAGGAGCAGACAUGUGCCGAAAAGGCUCUGUUCAGGGCAGGCAGCGGCCAGGUGCUGCCCAGGGGGGAGCCCAUCAUGAAAGAUGCCUUGCUUGAAGUGGAGACGUUACAGGCACUGGUGAAUGGCAGUCUGGGUGGAGCCAUGGCUGUGGGGCAGCAGGUGGCUGGCACCCAGGAGGGAGGAGAAGCAGGGGGAGAAGAAGGCGCAGCGGGAGGAGGAUGGGUUGGACCAGUGUGUUUGCCCCGCCGGGCUGAGACUUUCGGAGGCUUUGACAGCCACCAGAUGAAGAACUGCAAGAGUGGCGACAAAGAUGAGGCUGAAGACACAGCAGCUGACCUUCGCAGGACCGAGUCCGAUAGUGUUUUAAAGAAGGGAGGAAACACUAACCUGCUGUUGCUGAUGAAGAGGAAAAGUGAGCAGGUCCUCCAUCGUGUCUCCCAUCUCCACGAUCUGCUCAGCACUCUGCAGGCGGUGGUGGUCCAGCAGGACAGUUUCAUCGAGGACCAGCGCCAGACUCUGUGCGAGCGUUCCUCCUCCAUCAGCUCCUCGGCCUCCUCCUCACGGCUCUCCUCCCGUCCCAACUCGCUGAUUGAGCAGGAAAAGCAGCGUAGCCUAGAGAAACAGCGCCAGGAGCUGGCCAGCCUGCAGAGGCAGCAGGCAGCUCACGCAGAUGAAAGGAGGCGCAGGGAGAAGGAGUGGGAGCUCAGGGAGCAGCAGCUGACCGACAGGGAGGUGCUGCUACAUAUGCAGGAGGAGGAGACGGAGAGGAAGCGGAAGGAGCUAGAGGAAGAGAGCCAGGAGCUGCAGAGUAGGAAGGAGGAGUACCAGAGAGACCUGGAGCGGUUAAGAGAUGCUCAGAGGAAACUGGAGAGAGACAGAGAGACGCUGCAGCGUGAUAUGGAAAGGACGGAGCAACACAGCCUGGCUGAGAGGAGGAUGGAGAGGACUCUCUCCAGUGCUUCAGAUGACUCCCAGUUCCCUGGAAGCUCCGCGUCUCUGGAGCGAGACCCAGCGGAGCGCACGUCCUCCCUGGGGAAGGACUCGGUGUCCCGGUCUAAGCCCCGAGGGAAGAGCCUCAACCCCUUCUCCUCGUCCUCCACCAGCGACAGUCGCAACCAAAUCCCCGGUCGCUUGCUGCAGCUGGCCAAGAACAAGGACAAAGACAAGAAGGAGAAGAAGAAGAAGAAGGGCAAGGGAGGGAGCGCACAGACAGCGGAGCCCCAGCAGCACUUUGCCGAGACUCCUCUAGACGGGGAGAUCUUCUUCUGCUGAGCGGAGAGGCCUCCUGUCUCCUCCAGCCCUGCUCCCCAAUGCACAGCACCAGCUGAAUGUACAGCCAAGCUGCCAAAGUGCCCACGUCUCUCACACACACACACACACACACACACACACACACACACACACACACCCCACUCAGCCACCUGUGGAGAACAGGGGACCGACAGGAAGCUCCACAUGCGGCUGUCUAUCUGGGUACUGCGACGUGAAGCUGUUCUCAUAGCAACAGACAUGGCUGUCCUGCAGCCUUCAUGGACGGUUCAUCUGACAAACUGAAGAGUG